GCGGCCGAUUUUCACUCUUUGUUUCGUUUCAUAUAGAUUGUUGAAAGAACUGACCAGCGAGGCAGUGUUUGUACAUCACAAAGAGAAAUACUCUUGAUUGCGUUGAAGUAGCAAGAUGGCAUCUCCCUUCCAACUUCCCAACGGCAAGCCGAAGACGGUCAUAGUAACAGGAGGCGCCGGCGGUAUUGGAGCCCAGACCGUUCGCGCUUUCCACGAAAAAGGCUGCAACGUUGUCAUCGCAGAUCUGCCCUUCUCCAGAGAUGCCGCUCACGAACUCAUCUCUUCUCUGUCCAAUUCCAGCCGCGCAAUGUACUUCCCGUCCAACAUUGCGGAUUGGGAGAAUAUGCGUGCGCUAUUCCGAGAGAGUAAGAAGAUGUAUGGACAAGUGGACAUUGUGAUUGCCAAUGCAGGGAUGAUGGAGAGCAGUAACUUCUUUGAUUUUGAGGAAGACGAAGGAGGAGAGUUGGUAGAGAGCAGAGAUUCUCAGAGGGUGAUCGAUGUCAAUCUGAAGGGAACGCUGAACAGUUCUAUUAUACUGAUUGCCUCAACAUCUGGUUACUUUGGAGGCACUGGGGUCGUCUCCUACAUUUCGACCAAGCACGCAGUUGUAGGAGCAGCCCGUGCAUCCCAACGCAAAGCGAAGGAGCUGAACAUCCGUGUCAAUGUGCUAGCGCCUUUUUUCACGCCCACUUAUAUCACAGGCCGCUAUUCGGACGAGUGGAAGAAACGAGGCCUGCCAGCGAACACUGUCGAAGACGUUGCAAAUGCGGUAAUAUCAACAAGUACAGACCCAGCGAGAAAGGGUCAUCACGUUAUGGUUGCUGGAUCCUUCAUCAAGGAGAUCGAAAUAGCCAGGACAGCCCUGACGAAACAGUGGCUAGGAGAAGAUAUCGCAGAUGUCAUGGCGAAAGGCGGCCAAUUUUUUGAUGACAUGGGUGGCUAUCCUAUGCCGAAACCUAGAGAGUGA